UCUCGAUGUGUCCCGAAACACGCGACGACUUCGAAGUCGCCAUUAUCUGUGCUCUGCCUCUGGAGGCUGCUGCUGUUCUGGAUCUGUUCGACCAACGUUACGACCGAUACGGUCAUAGCAGACAUGGCAAGCAAGAGGAGGACAAGAAUACCUACUCGACCGGCCGCAUCGGCCAACACAAUAUCGUCUUAGCUCAUAUGCCUGGCAUGAAUAUAACUAGUGCAGUCAGAGUCGCUUCCAAUCUCCAGAUGAGCUUGAAGAAGGUCAGACUCGCCCUCAUAGUCGGUGUAUGUGGUGGGGCACCUCUCGACNAGCCAAUUAUCCUUGGAGAUGUCAUCAUCGGCAACUCGGUCGUCGAAUUCUACUUUGGCCGACAGUACCCCGAUAGCAUUGAAAGAAAGAGCGGCCUGAAGGAUACACUCGGUAGAUCAAACACAGAAAUCAGAGGCCUUCUCAGCAAGCUUGAGAUACCACUUAUUCGCAAGGAGCUGGAAGAAACAAUACUGCACAAUCUCGCAAGCUUGCAAGAAAAGGGACAUAUGGCGACCUAUCCUGGUGCCGAGCACGAUAGACUGUUCGCUGCCUCGUACCGUCACAUGCAUCGCAGAGACAUCUCACCUCGUGAUUGCGUUUGUAUCUUGCCUCAAUCCACCGGCGAAUCUUCAUGCAACGAAGCACGGGAGUCGGAAUGCGAGGUACUCGGAUGUAGUGUCGACGCUCCAGAUACACCUUCUCGACGCACGCGCUUCGCCUCAGGAGUUCCUACGCCCCAGGUGCACCUAGGCACGGUCGGCUCCGCAAGCAUUGUCAUGAAGUCUGCUGAACAUCGUGAUGCUAUCGCUAGUAAGGAUAACAUAAUCGCUUUCGAGAUGGAGGGUGCUGGUGUCUGGGAUGACCUGCCCUGUGUCAUCAUCAAGGGUGUUUGCGACUACUCUGAUAGUCAUAAGAACAAGAGAUGGCAACGCUAUGCAGCAGCAACGGCGGCGUCGGCUGCGAAAGGAUUCCUUGAUCACUGGACUCCUGGACGACACGACGCAGACUCAGCAGAAGGCUCGGCAGAACAAGCAAGCACUGGAUCACAAUCCACUCCCGCACCGAUAGACUUAGAUGCACGAAAAGCUAAAAUGGAAGCUUUGUGUUUUGAACAGCUUGAUGCUCGUCACGCUACACUUGAGAAUGCGCAUGCUGCCACGUGUGAGUGGUUGUUGAGUAAAUCAGAGUACCUAGACUGGCAGAACGAGGAAAAGCUUCUGGAGCACCACGGUUUCUUGUGGAUCAAAGGAAAGCCUGGCGCAGGCAAAUCGACCCUCAUGAAGCAUGCGUACACAAUGGCCAGAAAGACCGCAGGAGGCCCAAUAGCCAUCUCCUAUUUCUAUAACGCCAGAGGCGAACAUUUGGAGAAGUCCACUUCUGGAAUGUAUCGCUCACUCUUGUUUCAACUGCUCACCAAUAUCCCCCAACUCCAGGCUGUCCUUGACACAAAUGAAGCAGUAAGUUUACAAACCACUUCACCAGACUCAUGGAUAACCGAAUUCCUACAAACACUCUUCCGUCAAGCCAUCGAAAGGCUUGAGAACCAGCAUCUGGUUUGUUUCGUUGACGCACUUGACGAAUGUGAGAACAACGAGGAUCAGGUGCGAGAGAUGAUCCGCUUCUUCGAGACUUUGGGACAACAUGCAGUCGAAAACAAGAUCAGACUCCUCGUGUGCUUUUCCAGUCGACACUACCCGUACAUCACAAUCGACAAAAGUGUUGAGCUGCUUCUUGAAGCUCAACAGGGUCACUCGGAGGACAUCGCAAAAUUCAUACGCUCGAAUCUCAGGACACGCAACAGCAGCAGCAAACGUGUCCAACAGAUCAAGACUGAUGUCCAACUGAAAUCACAGGGUAUUUUCUUAUGGGUUGUGCUUGUUGUGCCUAUGCUUCAAAAGGCAUGUGACCAAGGCAAACUCCACGCUAUCAGUGAAUGCCUCAAAGGCAUCCCGAAAGGCCUUGACGAGUUGUUCGACGAUAUUCUAAGAAGGGACACUGAGGAUAUGGAGAAUCUAAAACUCUGCUUGAAGUGGGUUCUUUAUGCAGAUCGACCACUGAGCCCUGAAGAGUUCUACUUUGCGAUGUUGUCUUCAUCGAGUUCAGAGCCAGUGAGAGCGUGGAACCCCGAGGAUAUCACGACAGACGACAUAAAGAGGUUCAUCUUAAGCUCGUCUAAGGGUCUUGCUGAGCCAACGAGGGGCAGAAAACCAACCAUACAAUUUAUCCACGAAUCUGUGAGAGACUUCCUCCUCAAAGAAAGCGGUUCGGUACUCCAAGCAGGCAUAGACUUUACUUCGGCAGGCCCUAUACAUGACCUUCUUAAGCAACACUGUCAACGCUAUGUCGCGAGCGUAGCAACCCACCACUAUUUGGAGUCUUCUACCAGGAGUGCAGGCAAGUUUCCGUUCUUGGACUACUCGAUCUCGUGUGUCUUGAAACACGCCGAGCUCGCGGCAAGCCAUGGAACGCCGCAGGAAAUAUUCCUGAAGCACUUCCCGCUCGGGACAUGGCUCUUCUUGCACGACUUUACUGGGGCGUACGCGACACGUCGCUAUUGCGGCGAAACAAGCUUGCUGUAUAUCCUUACAGAAAGAAAUCUUCUGCAUCUGUUUCGGGCUGAGGUCUACCAAAGCCAAUCAGUCAAUGCCACAGGUGGACGAUACGGCUUACCUAUCAUAGUAGCCGCUGUUGUCGGUAACAAACAGAUUCUGGAAUUACUCAUCCAAUUCGGCGCCAACCCCAAUGCUAUCUCGACUGGAAAAGAGUAUAGGAAUGCUUUGCAUGCAGCUAUAGCUCAGUCCAACACACUUGCAGUCGAGGUUCUUUUCAAACAUGGU